AUGCCUGUCAAUGCUCCACAAAAGUCACGCGGCGACAAUAAUAACAUUCAAGUACCUGCUCUUUCUUAUUCACCUUCAUCCUAUUCUUCCUCUCGUUCGAUGUCUCCUGACCCAACCUUUGACUCUAUAAUAAACAAUUCCCCUCAACGAAAGCCUACUUUUUCUUAUAUUCCGAUACAUAAAAGACGACGCUCUGGUGGUUCCAGUUCAAUGCUCCUCCGUUCAUUAUCUCUAAAUCUUCUUCCAUUGUCUGCUCCUCAAUCUUUUAAAGAUUCCAGAGAGUUUUUAACUUCAAAUUCUUCUUCACACACUCCUGAAAUACCUUCCACUCCAAAUUCUUUUUAUUCCAUGACCGACCCGACUGAAUAUACCAGUUUUCCUAACCUAGAUCAUUUUGCUGAUGAAUGCUGGACUGAAGUUCACGUCGAAAAAAGAAAUAGUAUAAGCGAAUUGGAGAUGGAAAGUUAUGAUGAGAUGUUAGUAGGCGGUGUUCGUUUUCAAUAUUCAUGA